CAGCAUCUGACGACAUGAAGCCCUCUGAACAAAAUAAUCGUUUGGGCUCCUGCAAUAUAUUUCCAUCCUGGAUUUAAUGAAGGAAUACGGAACUCCUCUCUUCUCCUGUCAGUGAUGUAGUUUGUGUUUAGCUCAGCUGGUCUCAAACGGUGGCAGCAGAAGAUCACUGACUUCCACUCAGAAUAAUUACACUCCCGUGAUCCGCCCAUGUUUCCCCUCGCUCUCACCAACGGGACCGGGAAAUACACUUCCUCAGCCCUGCCCUGUCUGCCUCAGUGAUGAUGGGGCAGUGAGGAUGCCUAAACCACGACAAUCCUGUGAAGAUUUUUUGUUUUCGUUUCAUUCCAGAACUUCACUAAUUGAGUCUUUUUUUUAACCUGGUUGUUGCCAUGUUGCGGGUCGUAGUAGAGGCGGCUAGAGGGCUGCAUAAAAAGACAAUUGGAACCCCUGAUCCAAUUGCCACUGUCAUUUUUAAAGGUGAGAAGAAGAAAACAAAAUCGAUUGACAGUGAGCUGAAUCCUGUGUGGAAUGAGGUGCUUGAGUUUGAUCUGAAGGGCACAGGGCUGGACUCUAGCUCCUACAUAGACGUGAUUGUGAAAGACUAUGAAACCAUUGGGAAAAAUAAAUUCAUAGGGUCAAGCAAAAUCUCUCUGAGAGACCUUGCUUCAGGUCAAGUGACAUCACUGCCAUCCAAAAACGUUGAUUUGGUCACUGAAAGUGGACAGAAGACUGGAGCUACAAUCGACCUGAUGAUUGGCUACGAUCCUCCAGCCAAUGCUGCACCAAACCCUCAGGCAGGAGAUGCCACAGACGCUGGUGGUGGUGGGGACGAGACUUUACCAGAUGGGGGCCAAAGGGGCUCAGCAGGGGUCUCCUCGUCCUCUGGUCAGAAGCUGUCCCGGGCACAGAGUCGCCGCCGACUAGUCAAUAAACCUCAGGACUUCCAGAUUCGUGUCCGAGUCAUCGAGGCCCGUCAGUUGUCUGGCAACAACAUCAAACCAGUGGUGAAGGUUAAUGUGUGUGAAGAGACCCACAGGACGAGGAUCAAGAGGGGAAACAACCCCUUCUUUGAUGAGAUAUUCUUCUACAACGUCCACAUGCUCCCAUCGGAUCUGUUUGAUAAGCACUUCAGCUUCCGGGUAUAUAAUUCCUAUUCUCUGAGGGCUGACAGUCUCAUGGGAGAAUUCAAGCUGGAUGUUAGUUAUGUUUACGAUGAACCAGCCCACUGUGUCAUGAGGAAGUGGCUCCUGCUGAAUGAUCCACACGACUCCAGCUCCGGGGCUAAAGGCUACCUCAAAGUCAGCCUCUUCGUAGUGGGGGCCGGAGACGAGCCUCCGGUGGAGAAGAGCGACUCGUGUGACGAUCAGGAUGACAUCGAGAGUAAUCUGCUUCUGCCAGCUGGUUUGACUCUGCGAUGGGCCACCCUGUCACUGAAGGUGUUCAGGGCUGAAGACGUUCCCCAGAUGGAUGAUGCAUUCAUCCAGACCAUGAAAGAAAUUUUUGGGGGGGGUGAAAACAAGAAGAACCUGGUGGAUCCCUUCUUAGAGGCUCGCUUCGCUGGCAAAAAGCUGUGCACUCGGGUCAUUGAGCACAGUGCAAACCCAGAGUGGAACCAAGUGCUGCACCUCCAAGUAAAGUUCCCCUCCAUGUGUGAGCGUGUCAAGAUGACAGUCUUUGAUUGGGAUCGUUUGACAGGAAAUGAUGCUAUUGGCACUACAUACCUGAACCUGUCCAAGAUAGCCUCCUCUGGUGGAGAGAUAGAAGAGGAACAUCCGGGAAAUGGGGAAAUGCCGUCAUAUGAAGUUAACACAGGGCAGUCUGAAGUGGGUUUCCUGCCCGUCUUUGGGCCCUGCUAUGUCAACCUGUAUGGCAGCCCCAGAGAGUUCAGCGGCCUGCCAGACCCCUAUCAGGAUCUCAAUUAUGGCAAAGGAGAAGGCGUGGCGUACAGGGGCAGGGUCCUGGUCGAGCUGUCCACUAAGCUGGAGGGAAAAGCAGACAAAACAGUAGACGGUAUCAACAGCGACGACAUCCUGGUGGUGCAGAAGUACCAGAGGAGGAGGAAGUACAGCCUGUGUGCAGUCUUCCACAGCGCCUCCAUGUUACAGGAACCAGGAGAGCCAAUCCAGUUUGAGGUCAGCAUCGGUAACUACGGCAACACAUUGGACACCACCUGCAAACCACUGGCUUCCACCACUCAGUAUAGCUAUGCUGUAUUUGAUGGUAACCACUACUAUUACCUGCCCUGGGUGAACACUAAGCCAGUGGUUGUGGUUCUCUCAUGCUGGGAGGACAUCGCCCACCGCCUGGACUCAGUCAACAUCAUCCUCUACAUUAGUCACCGCCUGCAAUCCAACCUGGAGUUAUUUAAACUCUCCAUCUUGGCUAAAGUCUCUGACAACGAACUUGUAGAUGUGUGGCUGAAGUUGCUCACUCAGCUGGUUGAAGACAUAGAAAGUUUCCCAACACCGGAGCUGGAGGGCCGCUCCAACCUGACAUCUCUGGACAUUCAAAUCAAGAAGAUGCGAGACAGCGCUUUGACCAACAUCAAGGAUGGAGCCAGAUGCAUGAGAGAGGAGGCCACUGAGAUCCGUGACACUCUGCCUGACUUGGAGUCCUGGGCGGCCAAACUUAAACUGCUGGCUGAGGAGCCCCAGAACAGCAUGCCUGAUGUGAUCAUCUGGAUGUUACGGGGUGAGAAGAGGGUGGCCUACAGUCGCAUUCCCGCUCAUCAAGUCCUCCACUCCGCAUACAGCGAGCAGGCCUGUGGUCAGGACUGUGGCAAGAUACGGACUGUAUUUUUACAGUACCCCAUGGACAAGAACGAGGGCCUGAAGGUGCCCGUUCAGAUUAGAGUCAACAUGUGGCUGGGUCUGUCUGCACAUCAGAAGAAGUUCAACUCUUACUCUGAGGGAACCUUCAGCGUGUUUGCUGAGCUGUACGAGAACCAGGCCCAGGUGUUUGGGAAUUGGGGGACCACAGGACUAGUGGGGCGCCACAACUUCUCAGAUGUAACGGGCAAACUGAAGCUGAAACAACAGUACUUUAUGCCUCCAAGGGGAUGGGAAUGGGAAGCUGAGUGGUUCGUUGACCCAGAGAGAGCUCACUCAACAGAGGCAGACGCAGGACACUCUGAAUUCAUGGACGAGGUCUAUCAAAAUGAGACCCGCUUCCCUGGUGGAGAGUGGAAGGGCGCCUCCGAGCCAUUCACCGAUGUGAAUGGAGAGAAGAGCCACAACCCUGGAGAGUUUGAGUGUCCUCCAGGUUGGAUGUGGGAGGACGAGUGGACAGUGGAUGACAACAGAGCUGUGGAUGAUGAAGGUUGGGAGUAUGGAGUCACUAUUCCCCCACAGGACAUGCCGCAGUCCUGGGUCCCCGCGGAGAAGGUGUACCACGUCCACCGCAGGAGACGGCUUUAUCGACCUCGCAAGAGAGCUGCACUCCCUGAAGGAGCCGCUGUGGAGAGGGAGGACCAAGGGGACCCUGAGGGCUGGGAAUUCGCGUCUCUGAUUGGCUGGAAGUUCCACAGGAAAGAGCGUUUAUCAGAUACUUUCCGUCGCCGGCGCUAUAGGCGAAAGAUGGCACCAGAGGAACGGCUUGGAGCAUCCGCCAUCUUCCAACUGGAGGGGGCACUGGGUAUUGAUACUGACGAGAAGGAGAAAGGAUCAAAGGCCGAUGCCACCAAGCUGUUUGGUGCCAACACGCCCACUGUGUCCUGCUCCUUUGACAAGUCACAUAUGUACCAUCUGCGUGUCUACGUCUAUCAGGCACAGAACUUGGCAUCUAUGGACAAAGAUAGCUUUUCUGAUCCGUAUGCACACGUCUCCUUCCUGCAUGUUAGUAAGACAACAGAGAAGCUGCGGGCAACACUGAACCCAACCUGGGACCAAACUCUGAUCUUUAGUGAUGUGGAGAUUUUUGGAGACCCCAAGACUGUUGCUCAGCGCCCCCCUGAUGUUGUUCUGGAGUUCUACGACAAUGACCAAGUGGGGAAGGAUGAGAUGCUGGGCCGCAGUGUUUGCGCACCACUGGUGAAGUUGAAUCCAGGCAUGGAUCAGACACCCAAACUGCUGUGGUACCCCAUCAUCCAGAAAGGUCAAAAGGCGGGGGAGGCACUGCUGGCGGCAGAACUCAUCCUUAAAGAUGAGUCGGGCGAGUUAGAUCUUCCCCUGUUUCCCCCAAAGAAAUCAGAGAACCUCUACAUGGUUCCUCACGGCAUCCGGCCUAUGGUGCAGCUCACUGCUGUGGAGAUUCUUGCAUGGGGCCUGAGGAACAUGAAGCCGUACCAGCUGGCCUCGGUGUCUUCACCCAGCCUGGUGGUGGAGUGUGGGGGGCAGAGGGUGGAGUCGGCUGUCAUCAAGAACAUGAAGAAGGGCCCCAACUUCCCCAGCUCUGUCCUCUUCAUCAAAGUGCUCCUUCCAAAGGAGGAGAUGUACAUACCUCCCAUUGUUCUGAAGGUGAUUGACCACCGUCCAUUUGGCAGGAAGCCUGUGGUGGGUCAAUGCACCAUCACCACUCUGGAGCAGUUCAAAUGUGACCCAUAUAUCAUCACUGCAGAGGGGGCCAUGUCUUCCAAAAUGGCUAUGAUGGCUUCUCCUUCCAAACAUCUCUCUAUUAACAUGGAGGAGACGAGACCACUGCUAGAAACUCAGUUCAUGUACAGCAUGUCAGCUGCUCUCAACAAAAUGGCCUCCCCUACCUCCCACUUUCUUGACGAGAAGGAAAAAGAGACAGUCGAUUGGUGGAGUAAAUUCUACGCUUCAACUGGAGACCAUCAGAAGUGCGGCCCUUACCUCAAAAAAGGAUACGACACCCUCAAAGUGUAUGAAUGCGAGCUUGAGGAUGUCCCAGAGUUCGAAGGGCUGACUGAUUUCUGCACCACCUUCAAACUGCAACGGGGCAAGAAUGAAAGUGGGGACGAGGACCCCACUGUGGUUGGAGAGUUCAAGGGUUCAUUCAAGGUGUACCCUUUGCCAGACGACCCAGGUGUCGCUCCCCCUCCCCGUCAGUUCAGAGAGCUGCCAGAGAGUGGACCUCAGGAGUGUCUGGUCAGGAUUUAUGUGGUCCGGGCCAUAGACCUGCAGCCCAAAGACAAUAAUGGCAGAUGUGAUCCAUACGUAAAGAUGUCACUGGGUAAGAACACGAUUGAUGACCAAGACAAUUACUUACCCAACACCACGGGCCCUGUGUUUGGAAGGAUGUUUGAGAUGACGUGUUUCCUGCCCCAGGACAAGGACCUGAAAAUCUCUGUCUAUGAUUAUGAUUUCCUGACCCGCGACGACAAGGUCGGCGAGACCGUGAUAGACCUGGAGAACCGCUUCCUGUCCCGAUACAACUCCUACUGUGGCCUGCCACAAACCUACUGCAUUUCUGGUAUCAACAAGUGGCGGGACCAGCAGAAGCCAUCUCAGAUCCUGGAGAGCCUGGCUCGUCUAAAAGGCCUAUCCAAACCCAAGACCGAAGACAACGGCACAUCACUCUCCUUCAAUGGCAAAGAGUACACACUGGCUGAGUUUGAGAACAGGGAAAUUCAUGAGCACCUUGGUCCGGCCCGAGAACGCCUCUGCCUGUACGUUCUCAGAAAACAGGGACUUGUCCCUGAACAUGUGGAGACCAGGACCCUUUACAGCUCCUUCCAGCCCAAUAUCUCUCAGGGACAGCUUCAGAUGUGGGUGGAUGUUUUCCCCAAAAGCAUCGGAGUCCCUGGACCUCCUUUUGACAUCGCGCCACGCAAGGCUAAGAAUUAUUUCCUGCGUGCUGUCAUCUGGAACACCACAGACGUGACUUUAGAUGAGACCAGCAUCACAGGAGAAGAAAUGAGUGACGUCUAUGUCAAAGGCUGGAUGCCAGGCAUGGAGGAGAACAAGCAGAAGACCGACGUCCACUACAGGUCUCUGGACGGAGACGGCAACUUUAACUGGAGGUUCGUCUUUGACUUUGAGUACCUGCCAGCUGAACAACUCUGCCUGGUUUCCAAGAAGGAGCAAUUCUGGAGUCUUGACAAAACAGAGUUCAGGAUUCCCCCCAAGUUUAUUGUCCAGAUAUGGGAUAAUGACAAAUUCUCACUGGACGAUUACCUCGGCACUCUGGAGCUGGAUCUGCGUAACCUGGUUCCUCCUGCGAAGACCCCAGAGAAGUGCUCUCUGGAGAUGAUGGAUGAUGUGGAAAUAGGAACUCCAGACAAACCAGUGCAAGCCAAGUCUCUGUUUGCUCAGCAGUCAGUCAGAGGCUGGUGGCCAUGUUCCAUUGAACAGGAUGGAAUGAAGGUCCUGGGCGGUAAAGUGGAGAUGACGCUGGAGAUUGUAGGUGAAGCAGACUCGGAUGAGAGACCUGCAGGAAAAGGCCGGGACGAUCCCAACAUGAACCCAAAACUGGACCCUCCCAAUCGUCCAGAAACAUCCUUCUUUUGGUUCACCAACCCAUGUAAGACCAUGAAGUUCAUUGUGUGGAGAAGGUUCAGGUGGCUCUUCAUCGGACUCGUCUUCCUCACCAUAGUGGGGCUCUUCUUCGCCAUCAUGUUGUACUCUUUACCGAACUACAUCUCGAUGAAGAUCGUGAAACCAUUUCAAUAACCCGGAGCAGUGGAACUGGAAAGGAAUGUCUAGAGGAUGAUCACACUAACUGGGCACAACUACUGCCAAACAAUCUCCAUCUUUUUGUUUUUUACUGCCUAUAGUAUUUUAUAAAGGUCUAAAUGGGAAGGGGGUGCUUGCACAAGUGCACUAUAUUAUCAUAUUUUACCAUGAGCACUUUCUCUACACUGCUAAACUGUGACUGACUCGUGAGCAAUACAUUUGUGAUUUGUUUCCAAACCACUGCUUUUUAUCAAAAACAGAUGAGGAACUAGAACUCCCUGUACGGUUUAAUUACAACCGUCUUGUCAACUCUUAUCGUGUUUAUUUGAUGGUGUGUGUGCAAGAAAUUCAGCUCUUGGGGGAUUUUUGAGGCUGCAUUUAGUAGUUAUGUUGUAUUGGAUUGCACAUUAAUGUAAUGUUUCUAUUUUGGCAUUCUGAAUGUAAAUUAGGUGAUUGAUUAUUAUAAAAGUUUCACCAAGGUAGUAUUUAUUACGGGACUGUUGCAUUAAAAUGUUCAAGGGUUUCUAGUUUUCUGGUCAUUCAAAAAUAAUCGUGCCAAAAACAAAUUAAGUCUUCCGCUACCAACAGUCAUGUUUAGUGUGUCUGACACUUGUAUAUUACAUUUCCACAAGUCUUUGGAAUUAAAAAUAUUUAAAAAUGA